CUUUUCCUCAUUCCCCAUCCCCUCCAUCUGUCAAUUUCCUCUGUUCCCAUUUCCUCUGUUAUUUGCCAUCGUUUCCAUCUCCUUCGUUCGGUCUCUUUUUCUUCUUCAUUCUCACCCAAAAAGUACUUCUGCUUUGCUUAUCCCGAUCUUGCUGUUGUAUUGAAGCCCAGUUUCUUACAUCAAUCCUAGAUCUAGGGUUGUGCUCAAUCCCAAUCGCUCAGUUGUCCAACAUCAAUCCCAAAUCCAGUGGUGUGCAUCAAGUUUUAACCAAUAAGCUUCCAAAUCUAGUGGCUUGUUACUGUUUUUUCUAGUUUUUUUAGUACUAGCUAGAAUUGCCUUCUUCUAUGCAUGCAGUCGAAAAAGAAGUCUACAUUGAUUACAAAUCAUGGUUGAUUCUUUCCUUCUGAGCUUCGAAACUUACUUAACCCCUAAGGCCACAAAAUAUGUUAUUCAUCAUAUUAUUCUUUUUCACAGUAUAUAUAUUUUACUAUUUUUCAUUUUUAACAACUAUUGCAUGUAGAAACAGAUCAAAGAUGGAAUUAAAUUCAUUAGAAGAUUAACACAUGCUUUAAAAAUAAGAUAAAAUAAAUAACACAUACUUUGGCCUUGUGUUCUGUCUUUCCUCACCAUAAUAUUUCUUAAUUUCAUUUUGGUAGUAAAUUAAACCACCAAAUUUGUUCAGAUAUUAUUGUUUGUAGUAAUACAUAUGUGAAAGAGGAAGGUUAUUUGCUUUCAUUUCAUGAGCCUUAAAAUAAUUGGGAAAAAAAAAGAAGGAAAAAUCCAAAAUGGAAAAUCAAAUUUGCAAAAGCAUGUGUGCGUCCACUGGGUGCUUAGUACAUACUAAUGGUAAUUUCAUGGAUUAUAUUGACAAAACGCAAUGGGGUUGUUUGGUGGAGAUGUGGGUCAAGUAAGGGUUGAAGAUGCUGUUGAUUUAGAAGAAGGAAGUGGUGAUUUUAAUGAUGUGAACAUCAUGGCCACACCAACCCAAAGAAGCAAUGAAAAAAAGAAGAAUAAAGUUGGUAGUUCAAGUAACCUUAAAGGAAAGAAAGUUAAGUUGGGGGGAGCAGUAUGCAUGCAAAGACAAUUGGAUCGUCUUUGUGAUGCAGUUGAGAGUUACACCGAAGCUAAUUUAACUGAAUCAUCAAGGAAGAAUUAUGCAGAUGCACCUACUGAUAGUGUUGGAGAAUGCAUGGAUUUGUUGUUGACUUUGCCUGGAAUUGAAGAUGGUGAUGAAUUAUUUAUGUUAGGUACUCGUUUGUUUGUGAAACAAGAAUACAGAAAUAUGUUUAGGAGCAUCAAAUCUGUUAACUCUAAAAUUGCUUGGCUAAAACAAGAGUUAGAGACAGACAAGGUGAGGGCUGAGUUGAAUAGGCAGAAAGUUAGUAAAAAGCACUAGGAUGUGAGAUAUUAAUCUAUGUUGUUAUAUUUGAUCUUGAGUUUCUAAUAUUGAUGUGGUAUUUAGGAUUUGAGAUGCAAAACUAAUAUGAAUAUUGGGGUUUUAAUUUUGAGAUUUGAGAAUUUAAGUUUUUAUUGUUUAGUUUUUAGCAUGAUGAUAUUUGUGAUGUUGGUAUUUAACAUGUAGAAUUGUAAUAUUUAUGUAGAAUUGUAAUAUUUAUGUAGAAUGUUGAAUGAUAUUAUGAAUCUAUGUUUUAUCAUAAAGUUUUUUUCAAAUU